AUGGCCAAAUGCACCAAGAAGUUCAGGAUCAUCAGUAAAUAUGGGACCUGCUAUGGUGGCUCCCUCUGGAAAAUGGUGAAGAAAUUUGAAAUCAGCCUACACGCCAAGUACACCUGCUCCUUCGGUGGCAAAGCCAAAAUGAGACAGGCUGUGGGAAUCUGGCACUGAGGGAAUCUGCGCAUUAUAACAGUGGCUGGUGGUACCUGGACCUACAACACGACUUCAGCAAUCACAGUCAAGUCUGCCAUCAGAAGACUGAAGAAAUUAAAAGACCAGUAG